UGCUUUGGCGUGUGCAUUGAAUUGACUCUUCAAACCAAUUUUUCAAUAAAAAUAAAAAUAAUGAAAUUGGUUUCUUCAUUAUUUUCUUUCAUUGUGUAGUUGUUGAUAGAUAGUGUUGUGUUGUUUACCUUACCAUUGGCGUUCACCAACCACGUUCUCUCAUUCCAUUGCUUUCUUCUCAUUCUCUCUCUUCUUUCUCUCUCUACAUUGGCGUGUGCCUCUUGCACUCUUCCGAAAGGUCUUUUUGUUUGAAGCAGAAGAAUGGACUUCUUUACUAGAGACAUUAACGAGGACUCUAUCCUUAGAUGUCCAUUCUUAAGGAACAUCAAUGAGCCUACUAGCUUCUCAUUCUCUUCACCGUUGGCUUUCUCAAUGCCUGUGCGUGGAGGUGGAGCUAAAGGUCCAAUUUUUGAAGAUGGUCCGAAUUUUGAUUUGUCAUUUAGGCUUUUCCAUGGGAGCGAUGGUGUAGUCCCCUUGUCUGGGAGAUCUUUCCAGCAUUCAGAGAAAGUACAGUCUGAGCUUCCCAAAUCCCAUUUCAAUCCUUUGGCUGCAAAGGCAGCAACUAUUAGCCUAUCUUCAUUUGGAUUUGGCGGGCCUUUCAGUUUUGAUGCAUUUUCUGAGAAGUGGAAGAACCAGCAAAAAAAAUCCAAAUCAUCAAAGGAUGGUUCAAAGCAUGAGGCAGCAAGCAAUGAGUGGCUGCAAAAUGGAAACUGUCCAAUUGCAAAGUCAUUCCGGGCAGUCAGCAAUGUGCUUCCCCUUGUUGCAAAGGUUAUUCAGCCUCCUCCAGGCAUAAAAAUAAAGUGCCCUGAAGCAAUAGUUGCGGCCCGGGCAGCUCUAGCACGCACUGCGUUUGCAAAGAACCUCCGCCCUCAAACAUUGCCGACAAAAGUUCUUGUGAUAGGGAUGCUGGGCAUGGCAGUUAAUGUCCCCUUAGGCGUAUGGAGAGAACAUACAGAGAAAUUUUCGCCCUCCUGGUUUGCUGCUGUCCAUGCAGCUGUUCCGUUCAUAGGAAUGCUAAGGAAGACUGUCUUAAUGCCUAAAUCAGCUAUGGCAUUUACUAUUGCAGCAUCAAUCUUAGGCCAAGUGAUUGGCUCAAGAGCUGAGAGAUACAGGCUAAAGGGUGUUGCUGCUAAAAAACUGUCCAUUAAAGAGAACUCUGAUGUUGUUCAAGUCCAGCUACCAGUGGUCACAACAAAAGACAGGCACUGCAGUGACACUAUGGAGUGGAAUGCAGCUGCAGGUCCUCUUCAGCUGACAGGAACUUCAUCAACUGAUCUAGUUUGCUCAUGAUUGUUUUGUUGUGGUCUGCAUCUGCAGUGUAAUUGUCUGUGUACUCUGAGUGUGUAAUUUGUUACUACUUCGGUGCUCCCUUUCAACUUUGAAUGCCUCAGUUGGCAAAAAUAAAAGUAUUCAUGUAUCUCAUUUGAAUUUCACCUCUUUCUGCUAUGCACUUAUGCUACAAGAUAUAUAAAUAAAAGGCCAAUGCAAAAUUAAUAUUGCGUUGGUUUUGUAAA